UGACGAACCCUGUGCUCUGGCGGGCAGUCAUGUAUGCAACACUGUAGCAUGAAGCUGGAGCAUGAGCGGUGCGGUUGUGUGCGACCCCAGCACGAGUUUGCAGGCGCUGUGGGAUGGACCAACUGCAACAUUCAGGAGUCAGGCGCUUGUUUCCAUGCACUGAACGCAAGUGGAGCGUACACGAGCUGCGAGAGUCGUUGCGGUCUGCCAUGCGAAGAAAUCGUGUACGACGUGAAGCUUGCAGGCAUCACCAAAGAAGAUGGUUUCAAGCACGACCGAAAGAACAGGGUCGGCCUCGAAGUCAAGUUCAGCUCUGACGUGAUGCAAGUGGUCCAGUACGUUCCAGUGAUCACCCGGGUGGAGGUCCUCGGCUACCUAAGCGGUUAUCUCGGCAUCUGGCUGGGACUGUCACUUUCCACCUUGGCUAUCCAGGCCCAGAACCGCUUUUGUCCCUCUCACCGGCGCUCACUGACGGAACGACAGACGUCAUUUCCUGGACAUGAUAACCCUGGUUUAAGAUUCUGCUUAACCUAUCUCGGUAGGAGACUACCGCUGCAAUUCAGGACGCCAAAGCGGCAGCGGGGACACCAAAGCGGCAGCGGGGACACCAAAGCUAGAACCCGGACUGGUCCGUGGAUUGGGGCCGCGGAGGCCGAAGCGUGCCAGGAGGUGUUCGCAUAAGAAAUUGGCUGUCCGCGAUCGUGGACAGCCGAUCUUAUACACCCCUGGCACCCCUUGCCGCCCUGCUUUGAGCUUUCAUACCCCCGCCACCCCUUGGGUGCCCUGGAGAUCCUGCGCCGCCUGCUUUAUUAUAACCUCAGGUGCUCUCCUGAGGCCUCCGUUUGCCGGUUACAUGUGUCCUCCUGGAGCAGUGCUUGUAAAAAAUCCCAUCUAUCGUCAGGAAGAAUAUUUAACAGGGAUAAGCGGGCUAGUUGGUGGUUCCAGUCACGAAUUCCAGUCACGAAGAAAAAAGCAACAGUCGGAACCUUGCCCCUUCAGACAUGCGAUCACCAAAUGGGGCGUCCGUGCCCACUGCCUCACCGCGCGGGCAGCCAGGCUGCGUGGUGAGGGAUCUGUCUAGAGGACAAACGCAUAUAUACAACACGCGCUAAGAAACCUCCCCCGUAGUGCUUAGGCAGAAUCAUAUAUUCAAGGAGCAAAAGCCCCCACAUUUUCUCUCUCGCGCCCGCUUUUACUCGCGCCUGCGCACAAACGGCUGGCGAUCCCUCAAAUGAACGUCUCGUCUGAUGUGUGGGUGAGCGCAGUCACGUGGUAUUUUUCAUAUUUCGGGGGAUUUAUUUAUCAGUCGAAAAGAAAUUAGUACGUAAUUAGUACGUCACUGAAAAUACCGCAGUUAGAUGCCCCUUCGCUGUGCCUACAAAUGCCUCAUUGACACUGAUAAUUAGGAUAACACAUCUCAAGUUAGAUAAUUAAUUCCAAUUAGCUAAUUAAAUCUCAGUAAUGAAAACAUUACUGGAAGAUAUUCCACUGUAGCGGAAACAAUAUGCACUAGCUUUUCUUCGAGUAACGCAAUUGCUACUUUUUUAAAUCUGUAUAUGUUUAUGACCUCAGCGUGCGUGUUUCCAUCCCUUAUGAAUGUUGUAAAUUAUUAGUUUUUUUUUACGAGUUGUUAGUAUUGCUUACUGGAAAAAGAAGCAAUACCGAGACAUAUCAUUCACGCGCAUUUCGCACACCGUGGAUAAAAGACUCAGCCGAAGGGGUCACUGAAGUCUGCAGGCUGUUUUCAGGGUCAAAAGAAAGCACGCAAAGCAAUUUGAAGCGAGGUUAAAAUACCGCAACAUAUUCAUUCUCUAGGCAUAGGCUACUCAUACCUUUAGAAAUAACUUUUAUUUGGCUACCUCCUCUUUAAAAAAAUAUAAUAAACUUUGUCCUGUGUGUAUACUUA